GUGACCAAACAAGAUGGCGAUAUCCAUCAUAACAAACGUUGAACUUCUGAACUUCAAUGGCAGAUCUUAAAUAUGCCAUUAUCGUCGAUACCUUGUCAAAGUACUGGCUAUCGUGAUUCGGGAUGGAACAAGCCACAAACAAAGAAGAUUUCCCUUAUAAAGAAGAGCGUCGAUACUCUGUCGAAAGGUUGUUUCGGUACUUCUGCAACAACUUGUACCUGGGGCAGUGGGAGGUUGCCCGUGCCUGUCUUCAGCAGCUGCACCGCGAGGGCCAAUUGAUCGGAAGGAACAUCAAGGACUUUCUUCGGGACAUUACAGAAAAUCCUUACGAGAGAAGCUUGUGUAUUGGUCCAGAAUGCUCUGUCACAUCCCCUCAGCAGCUGUCCUGGCUCAGUCUCCAGGAGUACAGGAGACUCAACACACCCUGCUCUGAGGAUGACGAGAAGAGGACCUUUGAAAUUUUGCAACAAAACACUGAGUUCCACUUGUUGCUUCUGGAAGCCUGUCACAAUGUGUCCGAGUGUGUGAUUAGGGAUUUAUAUAAUUAUCACAAAUGCAUCACUGAAGCCCCCCUGACUAGUGGAAACAAACCUGCCUCUGUCACCCUGUCAUCAGAUCUUCAAGAAUUUCUCCAAACCAAGCUACUGGAACAUCCUAUCUUGGGACAUGCUCUCAUACAUGCAAUCUUGGCAGAGAAAAAAUACACGUUCUUAAAGAAAAAUAAUGACAUUCUGCAAAACAUUUACCUACAGGCUAUAAAUAAUAUUUUGGAUAGAUAUUCCAAUUUCUGUACCAGAGAGGAGACUGCAGCUUCAAGGGAGGCCAAAAUACGAACAGUAUAUGAGCUACUAGCAUUGUACAACCCAGAACCUUAUCAGAACUAUGCCCCUUUGAGAGAACUCUUCACAAGAUUUCUUGAGCUGUCUGCUAGUGAUGGUAGUGUGCUGGACAGAGAAAGACUUCUGUCAUCAAUGGUUGGCAAGACAAAUACAUACUUGGUAGAAGAAUUCUGUAAAUUGGAAUAUGAGUUGGAAAACAAAUGUGUACCCAGUGGUAACCAUAGAUACAACGGUCUUGAUGAGAUUGUGAGACAAUUCUUUCAUUGGAUAAAAAACUCUGAUGUGAAAAUUCGUCUACAUUGGUUAUUUGUUCUUUGUUUAAAAAGAGAGCAACAUUUCCUGAAGACCAUACUAGACACUGCCAUCAACUUGAUGAAGAACAGUUUAUUUGGUGAGCUGACAGAGUUGUUAAAACCAGAGGAGUUAUGGCCCCUGAAACCACUUCUUCUAUUGCAUGGCUGGUCCUUUUGUAAAUCAUGCUCCCAGGCCAAAGUACUGCUGGAUACACUGUGGGACGAUCAGGUCCAGUUCCAGCAUCCAGCAUUAGAGGCAGGUUGUAGCAAGCUUUCCUACCAAAUAGACCUCAUACAGUGGUGUCUGGACCGUACAAAACCGCUGCUGAAGGAGAACGAGGAUGGCCUAACGAGUCACCAGAAGCGUGCGGCAGAUAUGUUCCUUGGCUUGGAGACCCACUCUGUGCUGUUUGUUCUCCAUCGGUCCACCAGAAUAUCUUCCCUUGAUCAGGAAGAAGUCUUUCAUCUACUGCAGAAGAGCCCUCUACAAGGGGAGACAGUAGGUCAUAAGUCAAAGAAGAAGGUCAAGUUUGUCAGGUUUGCUUCAAAAGAAGAUGACCCAGCGAAAACCGAUAGUCUACCUGAUGUACACCUUGAGAGGUGGAGGGACAUGAGUAUAUAUAGUGGAUUCUGUGUGAUUAGAAAUGUGAUGGAGGCCAUCUACUUUUGUGCUGAAUACCCAGACAGCCGACUGGUGAACCCUGUCCGGCCAGCCCACCAAAGGUCCUAUGGGGAGGUACCAGCAGAGGACAACUUUAAAAAGUCUAAAAAUGGUGGCCACAGUGUUAACAAGAAAAUCACUGAGAACUUCCAGACUGUGUACACUACAAAUGUCACAGCGAAGUUGAAUAAGGCUAGACAUUACCUCGCUCGUCUACAGCCAUUGGCAUUUCGAUUAGAAAUUUUAGAAGAUCUAUUUUCGCUUUUGUUUGUUACUCACGAAGACAUUCAAGAAAGCUCACUUGUAGAGACUGAUAGUGACGAGGCUGCAGACUAUGAUAGCAGUCGCAACAACACAUUAGACGAAGACUCGCAGCCCAUGAGUUUGGUUUCAGAAGAAAGUGUGUCACCUCAGCAUGUGGAAGGGCAAUCUGUGUUUAAAAAUCAAACUUCUGAGAUGUCUUAUUCAGAUCAGAAGUUUUUCCCUGUCGGCAGUGCUUAUGAUGAGCCGUUCAUUGAUAGUGGGACCAAACCUAGCCACAAAAGACCUAACACAGAAACAAAGAAAGAAAAUGAUAAAAGUUGUAUUGCCAGGGAAGCAAAGAAACAUAUAACAACUGAGAAAAAUAAGAAAGAAUUGAAAGCAAGAGUGAUACACAAGGCAGAGAUAGAAAUGGCGCAGAAAGCAUCGGAGAACGGUACAUGCAGUGCCCACAGUGUUGAUAGUUUAUCAGGGGGAGCGAGAUUUGGCUUCCUCACCAAUGAGUAUCUGGUCAGGGAUAUCCUUGCUAUGCUAAAAGAUUGCCUGGUAGAUUUAGGUGCCGCUCGGUUUAAAGUAUUAGGGAAAGAUCCAGAAAAGGAAAAAAGCAGUGGAAAUGUUAUUCAUUGUGCAGAAGACUCUGAGGAUGUGAUAGAUGUACGGUUAGAACAGCCUCUCAGCCACAUGGUCCAGUCAAGCAUUGACUCCUCAGUUAUGAAGAAGAGAAUUGCACAAUUGACUCAGUAUGUCCAUGAAGCACAAUGGCGUUUCCAGUUAGUCUGUCACGAAUGUAUUCCACAAUCUGUCGGCCAGGUGUUACUGGAGGCAGUGAGUGUUACAGAUGACAAGUGGGAGGAAGACCAAGGUGUAGGGGGUCACAUCAUGGAAAGUCAGCUUAACAACAGGAGGCAUACACCCACUGGUAGCACAGGAAGUAGAUCUAGUCCAAGUCAGGAGAGUGAAGUACAGACAGACAGUGGGUUUGAAGGUCAGAGGCGCAGACGAAGGUCACGUAGCCGUCACUCUGCUCGAUGGAAAGGGCCUCAUCGUUACCCAGUUGGAAUCAUUCCUUUAAUGUUGUCCUCCCCAGAAUCCCUUCUCAACAUGUGUAUCUGCAAAGGCAAUUACCCACAAGCCUCCCAGGUCACAAAGUUACUGAAACUCGAGGCCAGACCUGAGGUUGCAGAGGUGUCCUUCUCCCAAUCUUAUAGUGAGGCUGUCAGGAAGCUCCAUGGACUAAACAUCGGGUCACACAAGAACUCUGUUCCAAAAUCUAGCAAGCCAGGGAGGUCCAACAUGAAAGCCCUGGCCUCAGUGGCUGCUGCAGGGGUUGCCACGGUGUCCAUUAGCGGGGUUGCAGAGAAGCUUCUAUCACAACCAAACCUUCCUAGUGUGCCGAGCUGCCGGACAUGGGGGUCACUGCCUGCCAAGGUAGAGUGGACAUUCCAGCAGGAGAAUGGUGAGGUGAUGAUUCUGUUUGAUCUGCUAUGUAUAGGCUGUAGAACAUGGGAAAUGUGUAACAACAUGAUAGACUCCAUCAAGGUUCAGCUGAAGGAAAAACCCGGCAGCUCAAGGUCAACAGUGGGCAGGAAUGAGGUUGGUGGCAAGGAGCAUGGUGAGGAAGGUAAACGGUCCAGACAGAAGGACCUGCGAGACAUGGUGCUUCAGUUUGAGAGGAUUCUGCAGCUGGGGACAGGUGUGGACAUUAUGACACCAUCACCAGGACAACAGGAAAUAUCUACAGCCCUAUACAAACACAGCAUACAGACAUUCCUACAGACAGCCACUCUACCCCUCUCUCCUGACCACUGUAAGCUUUACGCACACCUCACCUUGGAUGUCAAGAAGUGCUUAAGUAAUGUGGAAUCUGCAUUUAUCUUGGCCGAGAGGUCACCUGUCGAUGGAAGCCCAAGUAAGAAACGGAAGGAGAGUGCUAGUAGUGUCAGCUCACAAGCAUCUCCUAAAAAAAAUGAGCAAGUCCAACCAGAACGACCAGCGAUACACAGUACCAUGAAGCAACUCCUACAGACCCUUGGCAGAGACCUACCUCUCGGUGGCUUGUGUCAACUGUUUAACAAGGACAAGUGCACGGAUCAAAGAAGGAAUCGAGAUUACCUACUCCACCUGUAUGAACACCUCAAACGACUGGCUUUUGUAGUGGCUGAGAAUGAAGCAACCUCAAGAGAAACCAUAGUGAUGCCGACAAAUUAUUUUAAGAUGUUGAACGAAGGCCCAAUCUACACACUGGGCAGACUGGUGUUCUCAAAGAGGAUCCCACCCUCGAGACUGGAGAAGGUGGCCCGGGAACUCAGUCUAAACCUGACUCACAUCAUUGUACACAGCUGUUGUCCCAGCAUUCCAAGCAAACAUCUCCCUGUCACGCAUACGGGGCCAUUCUGUAGAGAUACCAACAAGGUAGGGACCAAAUUUCUGAUGAACAUUCCAGCUGGGGGUGUGCAGAAAUGCAUUCUCAAGCAACAGAACCCUGAGGAGGUGGUGCGCGAAAUUCUCACUCGAAUCCAGCGACUCAUGAAAGAUACAGCUAGCAAAUGUAAUGCAAAGGGCAUAUUUGAUGUGGCUAGUGCUUUGGUGAUGAUGAAAACACCUGAGUAUGAUGACAUCAUCACAAGUACACAUAAACUGGUGACACUGGACUUAAAUCUGUUCAAAAAUCAAGAUGACAAAGUCUGUUUCUAUGGAAACUUACAAACCUUGAUGUCCAUUCACAUGAAUCUUGAUUUGAUAAUGGAGGGUGAAAAUGAGGAUGAUGCUGAGGAAACAGUGAGAAGGCCAAGAAGAGGCAAGGAGUUGUCGGACAUGACAACUGCAGAACAAAUAGCUCACCUCAACAUGUUUAGUUACAGUGUGGGACAGUUGGGUCCCAUUAGUUUGUUUGAACUGAAGUUUGUCAUCAAUCGGAAUGGCCUGCUGUCACCACUGAUGUGGGAAGGGCUUCUGGAAUGGGCCAUACAUGAUAUUGAUGAGGCUGAUCCAUGGCAUCAGUACCUGCCCACACCUGAACCACGCCUCAUCUUUCUCACCACUGCUUGUGCCCAGUCCUCUCCUCCUCUACAGGUGUUGAUCCCUGAGUUACUGAAGAACCAACUGGAGACGGCCAUGCACAAAUAUCUCGACCACACUGUGCUUGUAGACAAGGAGCGCAAAACAGUAACAAUUCCAGAGCUGAUGAUGUGGUACAAACGUGACUUCAGCAGUGAACAGGAACAGGAACUUAAUGCACGAAAUGAAGGCAUCAUCAACAUCAUUGCAGGUCAUAUGACUGGUGCUACCCAGGAGGCAUUGCAGGACCUCAUCAGUCUGGACAGUAUCCAUGGUUACUCAGAGAAUAUAGACAUGACUGGUAGAAAGGAGCUGCCAUUCCAAACAGGAGUCACAUCUUACAAGGCAGAUUUCAUGGUUACAUUUGAUUUCACUGUUUUACAAGACCGGGCGCAAAAGUUCAAAGGUCACAGACGCAUCACCUCUCUGCCAAAGAACUUGUCACUUUCUGUAGAUAGAAGUCGUAGUCUGUCUAAUCCUAAGUCACCAGUAAUACCUUCCUAUCAGCUCACCCCUGUAACGUUGGACUACAUUAAGACAGAGUGCCCCCUGGUAGCAACCUUGGUCAGUCUGGUUUGUUCGGAUGACCUUGACGACAUUGAGGAUCAUAUGGAGAUGGAUUAUUUCACCAAGAGUGAGACUCUGAGAGGAAGAACACAGUCAGAAAUGAGUCUGAUGGAUAUCAGGAGCUACCGGUACCAGAAACUAACUGACGAGUACCCUACACUGAAGCGCCACCUGUUGAACUAUGUCAUACCUAUUGCUGGUGCUGAAGACCCCGAGAUACUGAAAGGAAGAGACUCGCUACUUAAGUUGAUAACAAGCAAUUUUUCUGAGAAGGUGAAGGCUUGCAUGUUAAAUCUGCCUGGAAACUGGCAGUUCCAGACGGUGGUCGUCUCUAUACUCAAUGAUCUUCUGUUGGACAGGAAGUGGUCAGAAAUUCUGCUUGUCCUUGACAGUCUACCACCCACACUUGUGCGGGAGACCGGCUCCUUCUGUUCUCUGUAUGACUUCUCACUCACUUGUCUUGUCCAGAGGGUGUUUAACAAGACAAAGGUCACCUUGACACCUGAUGUGACCUCUGUGACCUUUGUUACCAAACAGGCGGCAGACACAGCAAUGAACUACCUUCGCAGAUUUCUGUGUCCUGUAACUAUGACACGUCUGCUGCUGUACGUAUACAAGAAGCUGCCAAUGGACCAAAACAUGGAAUUGUUCCAAAUGUGUCGCCACUUUGUGAUGGUAGAGCACAUGAUUAUGGUGGUACAUCAGAAACUAAGGGAACUCAGCAUGUUUAACAGAAUCACAGCGUGUGCUAAGAACCUACAGUUCAGACUAGCCAUGAAGACCACAGGCUAUGUGGAUAUGGAGGACAAGAAGGGUUACCAUACAUCUCUAGAUAAGUUCACUGACUGGCGUAACCUUCUGAGACCAGAGGUUAUCUCCCCUGAAGAAAUUCUGGUAGUGCUGUUAAGAGCGGGUGAUGAUGAAACUGCCAAGACAUGGUGUCGUCAUGUCCAAUUCCCCAAUGAGAAAUACCUAGAUGUAGUGGAGCACCAGGUGAUUUCCUUGCUGGAACAGAAGCCCUCACAGCCCUCGGAAAACAACAAGGCAUUCCUCGUUCUAGAGGAAGUGAAAUCAACAUCAGCGGCUGAUUGUCUUGCUCUGUGUCAGAAACUACUGGAGAAACUGGCUAACCAGACAGAUGUUCUGUUUAUAGCAAGAUACAUCAUCACCCAGCUGGAGCCAUUGUUACUGGACGACAAAAAGGACCAACUCAAAAUGACACAUAUGGGAGCUAAGGUGUUGCUGUGCCUGCCGAGCAAUAUCCGGGGAGAGUACUGUCAUCUAGUGUCUUCUCCAACUCUUCUCAUUGAACAGCUGCUUAUGAAUAUGAAGAUUGACCUUGCUGGUAAGGCAUAUGAAACCAUCAGGAAGGACCAGGUCAAAGUUCAAAAUCCAAGUCUGAGGUUCACUGUAGAGCAGUUCAACCACCUGGUGGCAACCUAUGCCACAAAGGCCCUGGAGUUUGUCACAGUACAGGUCAUUGUAUCAGGGAAGGAAAGAACUCAUUCACAAUUAUCAAAUUCAUCCAUCCCUGAGAAACAUGAUGGGAGCACAGAGCAUGCCCUAUUAUCAACCAGAAAAUCGGUUGUGUUUGAGACAUUGAGGGCCAGCAGAAGGAGUGUGGAUAUAUCAGCCCUGCAGAAAACCUCUACUAGUGCCCCUUCACCAGGCCUCCCCCCAACCCUGGCACACCGUCAGAGUCCUGGUGGUAGUCAACUGUUUGUGAUGCCAUCAGAACCGCCACCCAAGGACCGGUGGGUGCAGGACAACGCCACCGACACCUGUAUGGUCUGUCACAUGGAGAAAUUCAGCAUGUUCAAUAGGCGUCAUCACUGUCGGCGAUGUGGUCGUUUGGUGUGUGCCCAGUGUUCUACCAAGACCACCAUGAUACAGGGAAUUAGGGCAAGGACGUGUAACGACUGCUUUGAUCAAACUCACCUCUCACACAGUAAGCUUGCUAAAAUUCAGCGAGAGGCUGCCAGGAGAGGAGGAAGUCCAACAGAGUUCCGACGUGCUUCUUCUACCAACAACCUUGGGGACAUAGCAUCUAUCAAGGAGGACAGUGUGGGGGAGGAUACUAGUUACAUGGAACAGCUGGAACUGCAAUGGCAGCUAAAGGCAGGAGAUGACUCUCACAACUCUGUGGUCAGGGAUGAUUUCUGUUUUGAGCAGGCACCCAGUACAUCAUUGUGUAUGUCCAUCCUGGAUCUCCAUAGUAACACCAAGGCCAGUGGCCAGUUGGUCCUACAGCUGUGUGAUGAUCUGUCUAAACACCUAAAGUCCAUUGCUCCUGGACUUCCCAACCCAGAGGUGGAUUACAGCCUUGUUCUGAGUAUGAUGAAGAGCCUGUUGUUUCAUGCCAAGAUGAAGUUUAGUGAGUGUGGCGAGACACAAGGUCUAGGUCAGUGUGAGCUAUAUCAGGGUCGUAUAGACAUCCUCGGGGUGCUAGUGGCCGACAACUACCGGGACCUGCCUUCCCUCCAGGAGCUCACCAAACCAGACAUAGUCAGGCGCCUACGUGACAAGCUUAUUGAAGCAGAGCGUCUUCCUCUCGCUGUGGAGGUGUCCACAAAAUGUGGUCUGGACCCUGCUGGUGUGUGGGCUGCCUGGGGCAUGAGCUGUCUCCAGGGUGGUGACUUCAACAGGGCAAGGGAAAAGUUAGGCAGGUGUCUCAAGGUACCAAAAGAUAGGAACCAGAGCCAACAGGAAUCUACACUACUGUCUGAUAUCAUCAGCUGUCUGGAAUCUAUGUCUGGGGUCGGCUCAACAGAGUAUCAGAUGCUGUUGACCAAUCCUGGCUCUGUUAAAAGUAUACUAGCCUGUCCUACUGCUAGCUAUACUGAUGAGGCUGAUGUGGAGUCAGCCCAGUACCAAGAAUGUUUGUAUUACCUCCGUACCUACGCAUCUUUCCACACCAUCGUCAGCUUCCACCGUGGGAAUGGCUAUUGGAUGAAAGCUACACAGUACAUACUUGACCAUAAGUGUUCCAGUGAAGUGUUUGUGGAUGCCCUACUGUCGCCGGCCAUUGAGGAAGGGCGGUUGGGGGAGUUAGUGGAUCAGAUGGUGAUGAUAGACCCUUCACUUGAGCGCUGGCAUCCCUACCUAACCACCGCCUGUCGCUAUCUUCUUAAACACAGGCUUCACCACACUCUGUACCAGUUCCAGCUCUUCAUGAAGGAUUUCAUUCGUGCGGCCAUGACCUGUAUUACUUAUUUCUACCAGAAGGGAGCUCAGAGUUACCUUGACCUGUCAGGAAAAGUUAAUUAUUUGUACAAAGCUCACCAGCACCUACAGGCCUACCUUGAUCCCUCCCAGUGGGGGAGCAUUAGUCGCCCUCAGUUUCAAACUGAUAAUCACUCUGUUAACUGGGACAAACGCCCCGCAGAGGCCUCCAUCCGGCUCAUUCAGACCCCCGAGGAAGUCUCACGACAUCUGAUGAUGGUCAGCCUACAGAUUGAAGUGACCAAAUUUUUACAUGAGUGUCUCACGAACACCGAGGCAGACGCCACCAAAGUAGCUUCCUCCUAUGUCAACAUGGCCACCUCACAGCAGUUACCAACGUUAAUGGGCAGUUCCAAGGUCAAGGGGGACCUGGUCAUCAUGAUUUUACUCAGUGGAAAUGACAUUGUGCAAGCCUUUGGACUUGCCAAUAAGAUCUUGAAGGGAUACCAUCUGGGAGCAGGACCUCUUCUGACACACGCAGCUCGGGAGAUGGCCAAGCAAAGUCACUAUGACAACAUCCGUCAGCUUUUGGAUUGUAUGGUCAAGGGUAACCUUGGUGACGAUGACACAGUGGAUGAACUGGUGGGGGCGUGUAUCCUUGUUAUCUCAGAUAACCCUAAUGAGGCAAAAGAAGCAGAGAACCUGAUCAAGCUCCUGAGGAAGGACACCAAUAAGAUCAAUGCAUACAUCCUAUGUGGGAAGCUGCGGUCAGCCUACCUAAUGGCAGUGAAGUCUGAGAGAGUGGACGAUGUCCAGCGUAUAGCUGGGGCAGCACAACGUAUGGGACAGACAGCCGUCAAAAACAUCUGUAACAAGUGGCUUCAACAAAGGAAGUAGCUGUUACCAAGGGAAAUCACUCCAGACAUACCUAGUUCAAGGAAAGGAUCAGUGAUAAAUAAUAAGAUGUAGCAGAUGACAUCGUUGACUAGUAUUUGAGUUUAGCAAUACAUAUUUAUUGACUGUUAAAAUACUGCAUUGUAUACACAGGAGGAAGUCUUUUUAAACUUAAAAUUUGUAUGCUUUGCUUGUGUUAUAUCAGACAUGAUUCUUCUAAAUAGGUUCUUAUAUUUAUUUACAUACCUGCGUAUUGUACAGAGUACAAUGUGACCUACACAUCAGAUUGUUUGUGUUGUGAUAGUAUAUUACCUCUGUGAAGCUAUUUUAUAGUAAUUAUUAACUCGUUAAUGUUACAGUUUACCUACUCACACUGAAUUUGUUUUUAUGUCGUAUUUGAAGUUCACAAGUCUAUACAGCUCGGUGAAUAUAUUCAGAUAAUGUAUGUGAAAUUCACAUUUAAUCAGCCUCAAAGGUAGAAUGUAUAUCGUAUAGUAGACGUCCUGUGUUGUUUACAAAUGUCCACUGUACAAGUAAUGUGAAGUAAGGUUGUGAUACUAUAAUGUACAAUUAUAAUUUUUAACGCACUUCAGGUGAAGACUAAUUACAUCUGUACUAAUUAUAAUAAUAAGAUGAAACUUGCUUGUGUUUGCUAAGCUAUAUAUGCAUGAAUUUUAAAUUAUUCGUAUUAUAUGAAGCAACAUUGAAUUAAAUAGAACCCACUGUACUGUGUAUGCCAUAAGCAGAGGGUGUAGUAAUACUUAGUCUAACUGGCUUAUAGAAGGUCUAACUAGUCUAUAGAAAGUCUAACUGGCCUAUAGAAAGUCUAACUAGUCUAUAGAAAGUCUAACUGGCCUAUAGAAAGUCGAACUAGUCUAUAGAAAGUCUGACUGGCCUAUAGAAAUUUUAACUAGUCUAUAGAAAGUUUAACUGGCCUAUAGAAAGUCUAACUGGCUUAUAGAAAGUCUAACUGGCUUAUAGAAAGUCUAACUAGUCUAUAGAAAGUCUAACUAGUCUAUAGAAAGUGUUACUAGUCUAUAGAAAGUUUAACUGGCUUAAAGAAAGUAUAACUAGUCUAAAGAAAGUAUAACUGGCCUAUAGAAAGUUUGCUUUGUGUAUUUCCUUUUCAAUUGAAGUAUGGCUCAUUUUAAAUUAGACCUAGUCUAUAAUUACAAACCAUUCCAACAUAAUGAUGUCCCUACUAGUAUGCUGAGUCCUCGAUCAAUUGCUGACAUCAUACCUAUUACAAUGUGCUGAAACCCCGGUCUUUAUUUAUUGUUGCGUCGCCAUGUUUGUGCCAAAUAUAAGUUAUGUCUAUAGUGCAAUUCUGUCAAAUCAAUAGGCCAGUGUCACUAAAUCAAGGUUAGUAUUUAGUCAUCAUAGCAUGUACAUUGCAAUCUUGUCAGCACUGGCUGUAAGUGUGAUUUGGGGGAAGUAUACUAGUAUAGCUGUAAGUGUUAUUUGGGGGGAGUAUACUUGUAUAGCUGUAAGAGUGAUUUGGGGGGAGUAUCCUUGUAUAGCUGUAAGUGUGAUUUGGGGGGGGUAUACUUGUAUAGCUGUAAGUGUGAUUUGGGGAAAGUAUACUAGUAUAGCUGUAAGUGGGAUUUGGGGGGAGUAUACUAGUUUAGCUGUAAGUGUUAUUUGGGUGAAGUAUACUAGUAUAGCUGUAAGUGUGAUUGGGGGGAGGAUACUAGGAUAGCUGUAAGUGUGAUUUGGGGGGAGUAUACUAGUAUAGCUGUUAGUGUGAUUUGGGGGAGUAUACUAGUAUAGCUGUAAGUGUGAUUUGGGGGGAGUAUACUUGUAUAGCUGUAAGUGUGAUUUGGGGGGAGUAUACUAGUUUAGCUGUAAGUGUGAUUUGGGUGAAGUAUACUAGUAUAGCUGUAAGUGUGAAUUGAGGUGUGCAUACUUGUAUAGCUGUAAGUGUGAUUUGGGGGAAGUAUACUAGUAUAGCUGUUAGUGUGAUUUGGAGGGAGUAUACUAGUAUAGCUGUUAGUGUGAUUUGGGGGGAGUAUACUAGUAUAGCUGUUAGUGUGAUUUGGGGGAAGUAUACAAGUAUAGCUGUUAGUGUGAUUUGGGGGAGGUAUACAAGUAUAGCUGUUAGUGUGAAUUGAGUGAAGUAUACUAGUAUAGCUGUAAGUGCGAUUUGGGGGGAGUAUACUAGU